CACUCUCCUAAUUAUACAAUCCCAAAUUCUAGUCUCUAUAUCAGAUAGACUAGCUGGCAUAUUUAAGCUUUCAAGCCCUGUUAGAACAGGGCUGGCACAUUUAUACACACCAUUUUGAUAAAUUCAGUAAGAAGAAGAGGUCUCGAAAGGUAUAUGAACCCAUUGGGUCUUGCCACAGACAUGCUAGGCAUUGUUAUUAAUGCAGUAUUUGCAAUCAGAAUUCAAUGCUGGUUUGUUGUUGCAGUUCCUUGAGAUGUUUCCAAAGCCAUCGAAUUUCAGAAUAACAUUGAAUUCUCUAUAGAAGAAGGUUAUGCUUGCAUUAGUAUAAGAUUCUUAGCCAGCUACUCUGUAUGUUAAAUUUUUGUCUCUGAUAUAAGUACAUUAGACUCAAAGCAAUACUCUGAUUUUAUUUUUGAUAAGAAAGAUUUCGUCUGAUGCAUAGCACUAAAUCACUUUUCUCUUUUAUCUCUUCCUCUCAUGCAUCUUGCUAGUUAUGCUGCUUGUACUUGCAUGCCAUAGCUUUUAAUAAAGGACAAAUUCUGCAAUAACAAAGGAGGUGGAUGUUUUUUCGAUGGAAAGCAGCCUGCCUUCAGGGGGCCUUCUCAGAUUUUUAUUAUUACAUUUUGCACACUCUUAGUAUAAUACAUAUUUUGUUUCUGAUUCACUUCUUUUAGAUAUAUCUUAUUUCCUUUUUCAUCUCUGUUCUUGUGUUAGCCUUUCUCCUUGGAGAUACUUCAUGCAUUCAUCUGCUGUGUUUUAGCCUAACAAAUUUUGAAUUUAGUUUCCAUACACAGCAUUUGCAAGAAAGUAUUAUAAUGCAUUUUGGGGCCUUCAUUCAGCUUGGAACAACAGCCUUGUUUUUGUCAUUCAGGAUGAGAGUGAGCAAAGAUUUCAAGAUGAAACGAGUAUGUAGAAGUUUGGAGAUGAUCUGCACUUCCCACCCACCAAGCAAGUGUGCUGUAGAUUUUAAUGCUAUGGAGCAGGAUUCGAGUCAGGAUGAUCCCACUGAAUUUCUCAACCCUCAAAUUAUGAAGGAAAAACUGAAUUGCACUAUAUUUCCGCAUAAUGAAACCAGAGCUCCUGUUCAACCUUGCCCAAGAUGUAUUGCUGGAGAACCUACAGCCUUUGUACACGAAGAAAUGAGAAUGUAUUCGCAGACAAAUCUUGACCUGAGGGAGAAGGCUGAGGGAAUCUGGAUUUUCAAUAACAUAAGACAAUAAAGCUCAGACUUCUAACCUGCUGCAAUAUGGUAAAAGUAUAAAGAGCUUAGCAACUAAUAAAAGA